UGUCUACGAACUUGAACUAUUGCAAUAAUGUAAUGAUGGAAUAUUAACUUGUUAUCCUGUUAACAAUUUAUAUGACUUAAUAUCUGCAUCUCUUCUGGGCAACCAUGCGAUGGUUUAUUUUAAAGCUCUGCCUUUGCUGCGUUAUUCAUUACUCAGGAUCCAUAGAAGAAGACUGCACGGAUUUUCAAGGUCAAACCAUCGAACAUGGUGUACUGUACGUGCCAGGUCCUGCAGUAUGUACCAUGUGCGUAUGUUACCAUAGUGAGCCCAUGUGGUGCAAGGCCAUUUAUUGCGAUCCACCCUAUUUCUGUAAAAAGUUUCGUGUUGGUGCAAGAUGCUGCGAGUUUGAGUGCCUGGAUCCACCUGGAGACACAGCCUCCAAAAUGCUACAGGAGUAUCGGGAAAAGAAACAAAGGAAAAAUGCUUCUACCGAUAACCGUAACUUGGGAUUAUGUGCCUUAUUAUCCCUAUACUUUUUGACCCGUGUUAUGUAAUUUUUAGUAGGUAUUCAUCUGAAUCAAAAACAAUUCAGUGUUUUUAAUAGAUUAAAAAUAAUUUAUGCGCAACAGGUUUGU